AUGUAAUCGCUGUGAUCACCAAAACAAAUUGAAAUUCUCGGAAUUUUUGACUAUUGUUAGUAGAUUUUAUAUAACCAAAACACAGUGCGGUCGACGUCAUGGUAGUAUUCAACGUUGAAAUAUGAGAGUAUCAAAAUCCACCAUAGGAAUUUUCAUAUCAAUGAUAUUGUUAUCAAUAUUCCUUGCCAAUGUUUUAAAUUUACUGAGUACCGAUGCUCUUGCAGCCAAAGAUUUCUCCAACGAUGAUUUUAUACAAGUUGGCGAUUCGUUUGACCACUUGAUAUGGUUUUUACAGAUCUCUGACAUUCACAUAAGUAUAUUUAGGGACCCAAGCAGGAUUACUCAGUUCAGAGAGUUCUGUCACUACACUGUAAAUGCUGUCGAGCCUAGUCUUGUCUUAGCAUCUGGCGAUCUAACGGAUGCUAAGACAAGUGAUGCCAUAGGUUCUGAGCAGUUUGAGGACGAAUGGAAACAUUACAGGGGUAUUUUAGAUGAGACUAAAGCUAAAGAAAAGACUGUUUGGUUAGAUAUUAGAGGCAAUCAUGAUAAUUUUAACGUCGCUGGUCCCGAUUCGAAGCAAAACUUUUUCACCAACUACUCGGUCCAGGGCAAAGCUCACCCGCGUUCCUACAUGUACCAGCUUCGAGAAGGCGGCGAAUUGUACACUUUUAUAGCGGUCGACGCGUGUUUGGAACCUGGCCCGAAGCGACCGUUCAAUUUCGUGGGAAUUCUGGAUCAACCGGAAGUCGACGAGAUAAACGAGCUCGUGAAAAAAACCAGGGCGUCCGGUAGCAACUACACGGUGUGGUUCGGGCAUUUUCCGACGUCCUGUACCCUGACGGUCGGCGAAAAAAACGCGCGGGAUUUGAUCGGACAGCUGGAUUCCGGUUUGGUGUACGUUUGCGGGCAUUUGCACAAGCUGGGGGGGAUCGUGCCCAAAAUGUAUGCCAUGCAGAAAGCAGGGUUUUUGGAGUUGGAACUGGGAGACUGGAAGGAGAACAGAGUAUAUCGACUUAUCGCAAUAGAUCAUGGAUUAUUAUCGUUCGUUGAUCAACACCAUAAUCAGUGGCCUUUGGUUUUGAUAACAAAUCCGAAAAAUGCACUCUUCUUCAAUCCUCAGAAAGAAAAUUUGAUGAAUAUUAAACAUUCAACGCAUAUAAGGGUUUUGGCAUUUUCCCUAGACAAAAUUACCUCGGUUAAAGUAAGAGUGAACAGAGGCGCUUGGAUAGAAUGUGCUAACAAAAAAGGGCCUCUUUAUGUGGUGGAAUGGAACCCUCUGGAAUAUAAUGUGGGCAUCCACAACAUAGAGGCCGAGGUCAGGGAUGUCAACGGGCGAAAAACAAUUGAAUCGCAACCUUUUGCAAUUGAUGGCAGUAGGCUUAGUUUCAGCUUUUUACCAAAGAUGACCCUGAUGACAAAUGCCAGUGCUAUGUUUAGAGCGAUGUUUGCCGCAAUGAUAAUAGCCUCUAUUGUUCCUUUAAGUAUAUUGAAGUAUCUUAACGAAUUAGUUGCAGUUGGUAAAAUGACGAAACCAAAACUUCACGGCUGCGGUAGAGCCUGGUUGAGGAGGUUAUGGCUUCUUUCGACUGUUAAUAGACUGUUUUGGCCUAUGAUUUUGUACCCAGUGUACCUGAUUAUUGGGCCCUGGUCUAUUGGGUAUCUAGUUGAGGACCAUAUAGGGGUUAUUUUUGCCUGGGGUAUUUUCGUGAAUGGGGCAUACCUACCUGGGUCUUUUACAUACGCAUAUGGAUUUAUACAGCUUGUCACAUUUCAAGUACCCCUAACUCUAAUACUGGCCAAAGCUGUUGAUCACAGAUUCAAGGUUCUACUGUUAAAACCUCCAAGAAAAGAAUCGCUUAUUUGCGCAGGGUUGAGACACUUACCUUUCGCCCUUAUUUUUACAAUGCAAGUAAUAAUGGCCUAUCUUUUCUGGUUGGCGUAUGGCACCAUGGCCUUUUUCCUUGGGCCUCUGAGAACUUGGUCUAUUAUUUUGGCGCUAUUUUUGUACUAUGAAGCGUUGUUUUUGCCAGAAAAAUGUACCAGAAAGGCUUCGUUCAUUUGGAUCGUCAAGGUCGAGCCUCCGGUUUUGACAGACGACAGAAACAGUACAACAUCGACAAACGUCAUAAAUAAGUAAAGACCAAAAAAAUACGGCUCCCCAAAAAUCUAUACAUUUAUUCAAUACUCAUUGUGAUAGAAUCAAUAACCCUAUGUAAUGAUUUUAAAAUAUUUUGUAGAUAUUCUAAUAUUUUAUUGUUUUUAAGACUUGCUCGUAUUUAGUUUUUUGUUUUUUUUUAUAAUUUUACAGGUAAGUAGCUUUGGAGUUGUAUAUUCCGUUUUAUGCUGCCAAUUAAUUUUUAAGACAUUUUAACACUGGUCAACAAAAUAUCUGGCAACACUUUGAACUUAAAUUUUGGUGACCAGGGUAACUUUAAAUAUCUUCCAUUGUUUUAUGAGUUCCUAUUUUAUUCCACAGAUUUUCUUUUAAAUUGUGUUGUAUUUAAUUUACCAAAUAUAUUUAUGUUUAUAUUUAUUUAACUGAUGAUAUAUAUUCCUAGUUUAUAAAACAGCAUUUAGCUGAUAUAUAUACUCACCGGCAAAAAAAGCGGCUAGAACGUCAAUA